AUGAAACCAUGUUUAGUUCAUAAGACGUCAACAAGUGACGAAGAAAUGCCAACAUCUCGUGGAAUUCUCAAAGUGACCAGUGGUUCCACAAGUCCUGAACUUCAGUUACCCACAACUAAACAACAUAAACUAAAAAAUAAAUCAAAAUCUGUUUCUCCUUCGCCACCUCGACAUGAAUCAGCACUUGCUCCUAAUCAUCAUCAUCACCAUCACAAACAUCGUAGUAGUAACAACAACAGUAAUUCAAAUCAAAAUAAUCAAAUUCUUACAAGUACCACAUCUAAUAUAGCAACGUCGUCGUCUAAUACUAUCAGUACAUCAACGGCAUCAACAGUCUCUUCAGUCAGUGUCCAAUCUGGAUUAACUGUCGAUGUUCGUACACGUUCUCAAACAGCUGUAACAAAUUCAAAUAAUGUUAAAAAUGAUUCUCGAACAACACAGAAUGUAACACUUGUUGUCGAUGAAACACGUUUUGUUAUUGAUCCAAAUUUAUUCAGAGCACAUUCAAAUACAAUGUUAGGAAGAAUGUUUAGUUCAUCAUGGGAAACUUCGAUAACAGCAAAUGAACGUGGUGAAUACGAACUAGUUAAUGGAAUAUCAUCAACAAUCUUUCGAGCAUUGCUGGAUUUUUAUAGUGUUGGAACGAUACGUUGUCCACCAAUGGUUAGUGUUCAAGAUUUAAGAGAAGCAUGUGAUUAUUUUUUGAUACCAUUCGAUUUCUCAACAAUACAUUGUCAAGAUUUAUGUGGCUUAUUACAUGAACUAUCCAAUGAUGGUGCUAAAAAACAGUUUGAAAUGUUUUUAGAAAAUGAUAUUUUUCCUGUUCUUGUCGAAUCAGCUCAAAGAGGCGAUAGAGAAUGUCAAAUAGUUAUAUUAUGUACAGAUGAUACAAUUGAGUGGGACGAAGACUAUCCACCUCCACUUGGACAAGAAGAAGAUAAAGCACAAAUUAUUCGUUCCACGCAAAUGUAUCGAUUUUUCAAAUAUGUUGAAAAUCGUGAAGUAGCCAAACAAGUAUUGAAAGAUCGCGGAUUGAAAAAAAUUCGAAUGGGUAUCGAAGGUUAUCCAACACAUAAAGAAAAAAUUCGAUGUCGUCCUCGAGCUAGACCAGAAGCCAUUUACAGUUAUAUUCAGCGACCAUUCCUAAGAAUGUCUUGGGAGAAAGAAGAAGCGAAAAGUCGUCAUGUUGAUUUUCAAUGUGUUCGUAGUCGUUCUGUGAAUAGUCUUAUCGAUGAUAGUAAUGAAAAUGAUCGUCGUGAAGAUGGAGGUAUUGGUCCAUUUAAUAGUACUGGCAGUGCAUUGAUUCCACCUUUUGUGUCUGAUCCUAUAAACAUACCACCUCCCUCACCUCGUGAACUUUUUCCUAGUUCAACUGCUGAUUUACCAUUUACAGAUUAA